AUGAGCUUCUCCUCAUUUCGCGUGUCGCAUCUUUACUUCUUUGCUUUUGCUUUGCGGACUUACGAGACUCAGGUCAUGUUGACACAUACUAUGUUCGCCUCUCGAGCCGCCUUUAGAUCUGGCAGUUUGAGAGCAACUCAACUGUCGCGUGCUCGCAGGUAUCAUGAUUUUGCUCAGAGCAAGUUCUUCAAGGUGUCAGAGGAGGUUCGUGAUGCCGUUGCUACCGGGAGACCUGUUGUCUCAUUGGAAACCACAAUUUACACCCACGGUUUUCCAUAUCCUGACAAUAUUGCACUGGCUGCAUUGUUGGAAUCUGUUGUGAGGGCCAAUGGUGCAGUCCCUGCAACUAUAGGAAUCGUCGGUGGUGUGGCCAAGGUUGGUUUGAGUGCGGAAGAGCUCAUCGAGCUGGCGUCGACAGCUGAAAAGAAGAGCGCUCUAAAAGUGUCUCGUCGGGACCUCGGAUAUAUUUGCGGCAUGGGACUGGCUGGCAAGCCAAUGCACGGUGGAACUACAAUUUCCGGCACUAUGAUUCUUUCAGAACUAGCUGGCAUCAAAAUCUUUGGUACUGGUGGGCUAGGUGGUGUGCAUCGCGGCGCGGAAAGCUCUAUGGAUAUUUCUGCUGAUCUUACUGAGUUGGGCCGGACCCCAGUGACUGUCAUCAGUUCUGGGUGCAAGAGCUUCUUGGAUAUCCCUCGAACGCUUGAAUAUCUCGAGACCGAAGGUGUCUGCGUGGGAACAUUUGCCGAUGGCCGAGAGGGAGCUGUUGAUUUCCCUGCCUUCUUCACUCGAGAGAGUGGCAUCCGCAGCCCACGAACCAUUCAAAACGAGGCUGAAGCUGCUGCGAUCGUUUAUGCGCAAUCAAAACUUCCAGUAUCGUCUGGAAUCCACUUUGCCAACCCCGUCCCAUUGGAGUCCUCAGUGCCGAAAGCUGAAAUGGAUCUUGUGAUCGAAGAAGCUAUUCGCCUAUCCCACGUAGAAGGAUUCCAUGGUAGUGACAACACACCAUUUGUGCUCGCUAAAAUCAAGGAACUAAGUGGUGGAAAGAGCGUAGUCGCUAACCGGGCUCUGAUCGAGUCGAAUGUCAAGCGUGCAGCACGAGUAGCCGUGGAACUUGCCAAGCUUGAACAAGCUGACCUAACAACAGGGUCCCGACACAUGCCAGCUGUUCCAGCUGCUUCAGGUGUAGCUUCAUUUAGUCAAGCCACUCCGCAAGUUCAAGAUAUCUCUGAGCCAAUUACACAGACGCCUAUCAAGUCGACAGAGAAAGCAGAUAUAAUGGUUGCUGGCUCGCUUGCCAUUGAUCUCUCCUGCGAUUACACUCCAUUCGGAGACGAACUCACCCACGUUACACCUGUGCCGCACACAUCUAACCCAGCAGUGAUUGGCCAAAGCCUGGGAGGUGUGGGCCAUAAUGUCGCCAUUGCCGCCAGCUACGUUGGCAGCGAUGUUCUUUUCUGCAGUGUGGUGGCAGAUGACCUGAGUGGCCGCGCUGCGUUAGCAACCCUCGAAACGGAGGGCCUUAGUACUGCAGGAAUUCAAGUCCUCCCUGCCACGGCAGGCGCACGCACUGCGCAAUACAUUGCCAUUAACGACAUUAAAAAGGACCUUUUGGUAGCCAUGGCCGACAUGGCUAUCGUCGAGCUACCAGAAGCGCAACUUGACUUUGACGGGUUCUGGGAACCAUUACUCGAGCGUACAAAGCCUCAGUGGGUGGUCGUUGACGCCAACUGGCGGCCCGAAGUUCUGGCCAAGUGGAGUAGUUUGGCGCGCAAGCACGGUGCUCGUGUGGCCUUUGAGCCAGUUUCAACAGCCAAAUCUCGACGUCUCUUUGGUGGCAGUGCCGGUGGCUCGAGUGCGACGAUUGGCCCAAAUUUGACUGUACCCAACAAUGCUAUCAGUCUUGCCUGCCCGAACCGACUUGAAUUGGCUGCUAUGUAUACCGCUGCUCGUGAAGCGCUUCUCUUCGAGUCAACCGGCUGGUGGCAUGUCAUUGAUUCAAUGAAUUUGUCCCCAACAGGCUCGCGCCAGCGCCUCAUUGCACUCACUUCGCCAGAUCUGGUCGAUGAGGGUCUUCCACAGCAGACCAUCCAGCUCCUUCCUUUUAUCCCUUGUAUCGUCACGAAGCUCGGUGAGGCAGGUGCUCUCGUCACCCAACUUUUGCCCCCUGGUGAUCCGCGCCUUACUGACCCAGAGUCUGCGCCGUAUGUUCUUGCCCGUGCGCCACCUAAUUCGGACGUACCAUUUGGUGGAGUUUACAUGCGGCUUUUCUCUCCUGAUGCCGUUCUGGAUGAGCAGGAUAUUGUCAGUGUCAAUGCGGCGGGUGAUACACUGCUGGGUGUCUUGGUCGCUGGUCUGGCCAAGCACGGCAAGUCUGCGCGCAUUGAGGACAUCAUCCCCAUUGCUCAGGAGGCAAGCCGGAAGACAAUGGCGAGUGCCGGAGGUGUGAGUAAAGAUCUUGCUGAGCUGCAAUCUACAUUGAACCUGGAAUAA